UUAACCUAUGUGAGACUUUGAACCCUCUGGAUGUUUUGUUAUGUCAGUUAACAAGUUUCAAUGGCAAUGAAUCUUAGCAAGAACAAAGGCUAUGGAUGGGCGGUUUCAGCUGGACUUAAUGCCGCUUUUGCUGCCAUUUCUGCCAAGUUCAUUGGCCCACAGCUUUUUAGGUAUGCCAUGGUUAUAUUUUUCAAUGUUGUGAUGUGGGGAUGCUAUGUGAAUAGCUUGAAAGCUCUCUCAUCUCUUCAAGCAACUGUCACCAACUUUGCAACCAACUUUCUUUCUUCUGGUUUAGCUGGAUUCUUCCUCUUUCAGGAACCACUAUCACUCAAGUGGUUUGCAGGUGCCCUUCUCAUUGUAGCUGGUGUAUUUGUACUCAGUAGGUCAAGUAUAGAAGAGAAAAAGAGCAAAGACUAAAGCUUUAUUGUCCUUUUUUCUUGUAAGGAACCAUUUUUUUUUUGUUAAUUUUCAGAAUCAUGAUUUCAGUUUCUGUAGAUUUGUUCAUUCUUAGAACUGAUUUGAGCAGACUUUUGUGUUUCAA